AUGAACACUCUGGCGAAUCAACAUUGUAUUAUAAUUCGAGAACAAGUAACAACCAUUAGUAUUGAACAACUUAAAGCAUCAUUAGAUGCAUUUGUUUCUGAAAUAAAGAAGUCUGAUAGUUCUACUAUGAAUAUUACAUUGAUCAAACAAAUUGUUUCCUCAUUAACUUAUUUUUCAUCCAAGAAUAAGCAACUUGCCGGGUCUGAAUUCAUCACACAUCCACUUUUUAUCAUCCUACGUGAUUCUGUCGUUGUCGAUUAUCUUCGUCAAAGACAAAAUAAAGAUAUUUCAUACGAAUUAUUAUCUGAUCUAUCAGCAUUAUUUGCAAAUAUCAGCCGUCAUAUCAAUAAUACCAAUACUCAUCUAUUUAAGCAACUUCUUUUCCAUCAACCUUUAAUCGAUGAACUUACUAACUGUCUCAACGAGAUUGGUAUCAAUGGCAAAUAUUUAGAUGAUUUUCUUCUUCUAAAUUCAAUUCAUUUCCUACUAAUGGCAUAUCAAUAUUUUAAUAGAUUACAAAGUAUAGCAAAUGAGUAUUCAUCGAUGACUUCAAUGUGUUUGGCUGUUAUUAAAUGUUUAUGUUCUUCAUAUUCUAUUGAAAUGAUAAAAAAAUUGGAAAAUAAUUUUUCUCAAAAACUCAAUCAUGACCAUAUACUUCUUCUUAGUACAUGUCCAUUGUAUCUCAAAUGGUAUUCAACUAAUCGUGAUUUGAAUCUCUUUCUUCAAAUACCACGAAUAUUAUUGAGCCCAUUUACUCAAUGGAUGAUAAAUUGUCCUUCAGAUUCAAUUAUUUAUUGUUCUAAGAAUUUUGGAAAUAUACUACGUCAUUUGCAUAAUGUACUUGUUCGUCCUAUCGAAUGGGAAAAUGACAAUAUUUCAAAUGAAGAAUUUUAUAAUGAUUAUUGUAAAUUAGUUUCUCAUUGGUCAUCAUUUUUAUCAUCGGCACUUAACUAUACAUCAGAUGAUUCAGAUAUUAUUUCAAUAAAAAGAUUUAUCGUUCAACAUUUAUACGAUUUUACAUUACAGCCAAAUAUACUAAAUUUUAUGAAAACUAUACCGAAUUUAAUUCCAAUGUUACUUCAAAUGACUGAUGUUCAACAAGAUGAAACACAAUUGAAUACCUAUCGUUGCUUAGGUAAAUUGAUGAGUGAAGCAGAUAUUAAAACCAUGGCAAGUCCAAGUAAAAUUACGGGUGUCUAUGUUAAAUUUCUUACGAAUACAAUUGAUGAUCCAAAGAAACAAGGACGAUUUUAUAGUAUACUACUAAGUUUAAAAAAUUUUGUUCAACAUGAUCAAGUCAAAAUUGAAUUAAUAAAACAAAAUGCACUUCCAUUACUUAUACGAUGUAUAAUUGAAAUUGAAUUUGAUUCGAUUAAAAUAAAACCAAUAGUUCUCGAAAUUCUUCUUGCACUUUCAUUUAAUAAUGAUGCUUCAUCAAUUUUAAGACAAAAUACAAAUUUUAUGACAACUAUUCGAAAUCUUGUCAAUAAUAUCCAUUCAAAUAAAUCAAAUUUACAACGAGCUGCCGAAACUCUCCUUUGGAAAUUAGACAAAGAAAUUGAAGCUAUUACUAAAUUGACUAAUUCAAAAUUGCAUAAAUAUGAUAUUAUGAUCAGUUAUUCACAUAGCGAUCGACAAUUAUGUUAUCAAAUUCAUGAACGACUUGUUCAAGAUGGAUUUAGUGUUUGGAUCGAUCGUGAUAAUAUGCAUGGAGCUACAAUGAUUGCUAUGGCAGAAGCUAUCGAAAAUUCUGAAUUUGUUCUCAUAUGUAUGUCGGAUACAUAUAAACAAAGUGUUUAUUGUCAAUCAGAAGCACAUUAUGCAUUUGAACGACGUUGUCAUUUGAUACCGCUUAUUAUGAAACCUUGUUAUAAACCUGAUGGAUGGCUUGGUAUUAUGGUAAGUGGUAAAAUCUAUGUAGAUUUUGUCAAGCUCGAAUUUUCAUUGGCCUAUGAGAAAUUAAAAAAAGAAAUCAAUCAAUAUCGUCAGCUGAAUAUGAAUUAUUCGAUGGUAAAAUCCAAAGAAAACAAUCAUCAAGAUAUAUCUUCUAUCAUUUCUAAACCCGUUGAAGAAACUUCGAUACUAAGUGGAAGACCUUCGAUCAUUGAACUACCUCAUUGUAUCACUCAAUGGACUAAUAAUCACGUUCAAUCAUUUUUUCGAACAAACGGACUUGAUAAUACUAUGUUUCUUCUAUGUUCACAACUGGAUGGACAUCGACUUUUAGAGCUCUAUGAUAUUUGUAUGAUCAAUCGUGAAUCAAUGUAUCAAUCAUUGAAAGGUGAACUGGCAGAUGUCCAUCAUAGAUCAUUACCAAUUAGUGAUUAUCUUACUUUUCUUCAUGAAAUUAAACCUUAUCUUCCAUUAAUGCAUACAACAUCUCAAUCUGUAUCAUCGUCUUUACCUUCUUCUAGAGUUUGUAAACUUAUGUAA